AUGAGGUCAGCUAUUGAGACCGAUCGUCUAUCUCAGAAGCUGUCAUUCAACUUCAAGCUUAUUCACAACGUCACUUUCGGACUCGUUACCACAUUCCCUCUUCAGUCGACUACCAGGCCCAGAUUCAGAUCCAUAAUCCACCCCGCGCCAACCUCGACAUCUACCUUGACAAGGUAUUCCACAUCUAUCUCCAGCAUCACUACGGUGGAUAACCUGUAUAAUCCAUCUCUUUACUCAACCCCCCAGCAACCUUCAUCCACCCCAUCCGCCUCCGACCACCCACCCACACCGCAACAGCCCCGAUCUUCUUUCAGCACAAUCAUCUCAGCCCCCACCACAACCACAGGCCCCGCCGGCUCAACCCUCCUACCACUCCCCUCCAGUACUCGAGAACGAUCACCUGCUGUAUCAUCACUACAGCGCCAAAUUCUAGGAAGGCGGCAACGAGGUUUCGACGACGAUAACAACGUCGCCGGCUCACAGUCGGAGCUCUCGGAAGCUCCCGCUUCCCAUAAUUCUUAUACGAUUCCCACAGAAAGUCCUAGGAGGAAGCGUAGGUGCGCUGAAAGUACCAUGUUGGCGGACUCGGAUAGGUCGAUGGGAGCUAAUGGCACUUCGAGGCCUUACGCCAAUGGAAAGGCUAACCAGCGAUCCUCGGCGUCAAGCACCGCCAAUGGCACUCACAAAGCCCCCGGGGUAAUUAACGGCUCUUCCAAAACACGACCACCGGGUAACUACUUUGGGCACAAUCGCGAAGAAGUCACAAGAAUCCUUAUACAAGCCCUAUCGGAUAUGGGCUAUCAUUCUGCGGCGCAGAGUGUGAGUCAGGAGAGCGGUUUUGAGCUUGAAAGCCCCAUGGUUGCUGCUUUCCGUAAUGCCAUACUCGAAGGAAAUUGGGAAGAGGCAGAGCGAUUACUUUCUGGAGCAUCAGUGGCUAGCGAACGAGCUGGGGAGAACGGCAAUGGAUUGAUUUUAGGAAAUGGAGCGGAUAGACAUAUGAUGCGAUUCUGGAUACGACAGCAGAAGUUUCUAGAGCUUCUUGAAGAAAAGAACACUGGCCAAGCCCUAAUGGUACUUAGAAAUGAGCUCACACCGUUAUAUCAGGACACACACAAGCUUCAUUUUUUAUCAAGCCUGUUGAUGUGCCAAAAGACGGAAGACUUGAAGAAGAAGGCGGAGUGGGAUGGCGCAUAUGGAGAGUCCCGGCAUAUUCUCUUAUCCCAAUUAUCAAAAUGCAUAUCACCAGCUGUCAUGCUUCCAGAACACCGGCUUGCUAUACUCUUGCAUCAAGUUAAAUCGAAUCAAAUAGGAGGGUGCCUCUGGCACUGCAGUGCCACACCCCCAUCUCUCUACUCAGACCAUGUCUGUGACAGACGGCGGUUUCCGACAGAAAAUGUAAUCGAAUUAGAUGAGCAUGACGAUCAGGUCUGGCAGGUUAUGUUCUCUCACGACGGGACAAAACUGGCUAGUUGUGGCCAAGGAAAGCAGGUCAUCAUUUGGGAUGUGCCGUCUUUUGAGCCGAUUCAUUUUCUCAAAGAUCAUGAAGACGGGGUUGGCAAUAUUGCCUGGAGCUGGGAUGAUUCUAUGCUAGUAACAUGCUGCCAGGAUCGGUAUGCGAGGCUAUGGGAUACUAACACUGGUGCUUGUCUUCAAAAACUUGAACGGUCCCAAGAGCCAGUUACCAGUUGUGUAUGGGCCGCAGAUAGCCAGACUUUUGUUACUGGUGCGCUCGAUAAAAGUCAUGGUCUAGUUCAAUGGAAUAUUCGAGGAGAAAAGAUAUACGACUGGAACUGCUCCCACAGAGUUGAAGACCUGGCUGUCUCGCCUGAUGGGCAUUGGCUGGUGGCAGCUGACGGCGGAACUAACAUUCACGUUUACAAUUUUGUUACUCGCGAACUGGCUUAUCAAAUGGACUUGCAGGUUAGGUUAACAUCCAUCAGUAUCAGUCAAAACUCCAGGCAUUUGCUUGUAAACCAUAAUAACGGCAUUGCACAACUUAUCGACCUGGUUCUUCGCGAGCCAGUUCAAAGCUAUACCGGCUUCACCAUCGAGAAAUUCAUGAUCCGAAGCUCUUUCGGGGGGGCCGAUGAAAGCUUUGUAAUAAGCGGAAGCGAAGAUGGUUCAAUCAAUAUCUGGCACAAAGCUAGUGCACAAUUGGUAGAGAAGCUGAACGGGCAUAUUCCUGGAUGCAAUUCUGUGUCGUGGAACCCGGCAGAUCCAUGUCUGUUUGCUUCCUGCGGAGACGACGGCAAGAUCAAAAUAUGGUCCAACAAUGACUGGCGCCGCACCCAUCACCAGGGAAACCGGAAUGCGAAUGGCUCUUAG